CAACUCAAUCAUGUCCGACCCCAACGACGUAUGGCAGAACGGUACAGCCGAUCGAGAUGCAUCACCCCAGAGGAGAGAAGAUGAUCGUGAGGUCAGGAGGGAUCGUUCCAGGUCUCCAGCUAGGAAUGGAAAUGGGGCUCCUCGGGAAGAAGCAGUACCCCUCAAUACCGGUAACAACUUGCACGUGAGUGGCUUGGCCCGUGGCGUGGAUAUUGGUAUCCUCGAAGAUUUCUUUGGCAAAGUUGGCAAAGUCUACAAGGCACAGAUCAUGAUGGACCCCCACACUCAAGAGACUCGUGGUUUUGGUUUCGUCAAAAUGGAAAACAACGACGAUGCUCAAGCUUGCAUCGAUCAGUUGAGCGGUACCAUGCUCGAAGGCAAGACCAUCACAGUGUCACACGCUCGCCGUGGUCGCGCUCGUACUCCCACUCCCGGACAAUACCAAGGUGUCAAGGGAGAUCGCGUGACGCGUCCUGGCGGAGACCGUUAUCGUUACCCCGGCUCAUAUGGCCGUGAAGAAAGGCCAUAUGUUCCUCGAGCCGAUGAUCAGCGUUACGUUCGUCCCGACGACCGUCGUUAUGACGAUAGACGGUAUGACGACCGUCGUCGUGACGAUUAUCGUGAACGUCGUGAUUAUCGUGAAAGGGAUGGGUACGAUGACCGUAGACGCGAUGACCGGUAUUAUAGUCGAGACACGUAUGACCGUCGCGACGAACGACCUAGGUUUGAUGACAGACCUCCGCGUGAUGAUCGGCCUGCCCGAAUCGACGAUAGGCCUGCGCGAUAUGAAGAGAGGCCUUCGCGAUACUGAGCGUUGGCUCUUGGACCCGUGUGCUGUGGCUGUGAACCAGUAUCAAGUCGUUUAUCCAACCUCAAUGGCACAUAGUGCUACCAAAAGUUAUUUGACUGCGAUGUACCCGAACGGAUGUACCCGAAUGCGCAAAGUG